GAGUUAUUUCGUCAGAUGGCGUUAGUAGUUGUAUUUGUGUUCAACAUGGCGUGCGUGUUGUCGCAAGUGAUUUUGAUAGCCAGGUGAGCUCGCGUUUUUUUUCUAUAAUUUAGUGAUUACGAAGCAUUGUUAGUUGUUGCAAAUAUACGAAAUCAGUGAAUGAAAGUGAUAUUAUCGUAUAAAUGGAGAUGUUAAACCAAUGAUCACUCCGAACACACAACAUUUGAAUUCAUCAAUGGCAGCUUGAAAGAUGCACGACUAAUUAUACAAGACAAUUGAAGCAAGACAAUGUACAAUGAACUACAGUGGAAACAUGCCAGACUGGCAACAAUAUCAUUCCCCACAACCAAUCGGGUCUGAAGUACCAUCUGCUGGUGGUCAAAACGUAAACCACAGUCCGAUUUUUGGGCCCAGUAUUAGCCCGAGAAGAUUGAACGGGUCCAGCUUCAGCCCCGAAGGAUUGACCAAGCCCCAGAACGAUGCCAAUUAUAAUUCCAGAAAUUUUCAACAGUCGCCAAAUACAUUAAAUGGGCAUAAUGUUCCUCCUGAAAAUCCUCCUAUUGGAGCUACAGUGCUGAUGUCAGGAUGUCACAGACAUUACGGGACACCUAGUCCAAGAAAUACAAUGAUUGAAGGUACGAAUGCUUCAUUGGAUUCCAGAAACGUACCUGUCAGUUCCAUGAACGAAGUAGCAGGACAGCGAAAUCAUCAAAUACCAAUGAACGGACCUGCUGGACAUAUGAGCUGCCCUACCAUUAGUGGACCCAUGGCACCAAUGGGCCAAAGAAACACACCCACCGCUCUUCAAGCCCCAAUUCCAACGAGCAGCAGGCAAGGACCAGGAUCUUACAUGCCUUGUAAAGGCCCGUGCUGUAAUCCAGACACCAGUCUCAGCUAUCAAAGCUGGGAAAAGUUUGGGCCUUAUCCACCAAAUGUGCCGUAUCGUAGUGACACUGGUUAUUCUGUUGAUAAUAGAAGAUUUGGCAACGAAUUUGAAACUAGAGAACCUUUGAGCACUACAGCAUAUAAUGUAGAUCCAAGGAGAAAUUUUCCUGAUUAUAAGUACAGGAAAGAUUCUAUUAUUCAAAGACCCUACGCUCAUCCUCCAAGCGUAAUACAAAGUUAUCCUGUUCAAAACUACAAUUUUACAGGAGAUUAUCAAAAGUAUCCUGGUUACCCUGUAAAGGAAUAUCCUAGGGAUAAUUCUAUCACAAAUUCUCAGAACCCGGCAAUACUUAAAUAUCAAGAACAAAGCGUUAUUGUUCAACAGAAAUAUUUUACGAAACAAAUACAAUACCAAAAUGGAGUUAUACCAAAGAGCAUUGUGCCAGCCAAUAUGGGAGGAAAUAUCAUAUCAAGAGGACAAAAUCCGUAUUUUAAUCCGCCACUAGCCAGGGAUUUUCCUAGAGACUAUUCAGAUAGUAAUUCAUUGGUUAACAAAGGAAUACAAACUCCAAAUGCUAUACACCCAACUUAUUCGAAAUACCAAAUGUAUCAACAGAAGAUUGCUAUGCAACGGUUCUCAAUGGAGAAUCACAUGCAAGAGCUGACACGGAUUCCGGGAUAUCAAUCGCACCCGAAGUAUCAAGAAUGUAUUUUGAGGCAUAAAGAAUUGUUGAGACUACAGCAAAACGUUGACUAUCAAAGUAUUGCCCAAGGUACACCCAGGGCUGUCACGUCACAGGUAAAUGACGACAUACCACCGAUUAAUCUGCAAUUUGAUCAAAAUGGAGUCCUGAUUAAUUCGACCUUUGCACCUGCUGGAUUUUCUAACUUACAAAGUCCAAUCAAUGUACGAAACGCCAAGAAUAUUCAAAGUGUAAGUAACCGAGAAAUAGGAGCAGAAAAUGUCCAUCAUCCUGAGCAAUUUAAGACCCAAUCACCCAUUGAUAAUCACAUACAGAGUCAAGUUUCUUCUUCACUGUCUCAGUGUUCGCUACCUUGUAAAAAUGAGGAAUCGUAUUCAGUACAAAAAGAAUUCAAACAAGACCAAUACAAUGUAAAAAAACCAGAGAGAGAAGCUCACAAUGUAUCUAAUAUAGAAAAUGAUAAAACUUCAUCCAUACUUCAAAGAAACUCAAGCGAUUUUGCUGACAAACCAGAACUUGAUGUACGUCAGUUUUUAGCCAACUGGGAUGAAUCGGAGGAUGAAGAUGCAGGAAACGGUAAUUUGCCAGAUGCUGUGUCUAGCAAUUCAACAUCUAGUGUUGUUCCCGAGUAUGAAAAUACCAAGGUUGUCUUAGAUAACUCUAAAGAACCCGCAAAUUCUUCAAAUGUUCAAGACUGUCAGAGCACAGAUGAUUGUGAAAGGUUUGAGGAUACCCAAAAUAAUAGAAAAUCUUCCAAUUACACGGAAAAUGAAAUAUACAAAUAUGAUUUACAACACGAUGGUGACAGCAGUAAAUCGUCGGAACAAGAUUUUGAUACUUCUGAUUCUAGUAAAAGUAUCGUCACAGAUGAGACAGAGAUACAAUCUACUGGCAGUGAUUAUAAGGGUGAAACAGAGUUACAUGUUACUGAGAAGUUGCUCGAUUGCCAAGAUAUACAUACGAGUACCAAGGUACAAUGUCAAGAGAAGAAAUCUUUGAAUAAUAACGAUAGUCAAGAAAUUUCAAAUUCAAUGGAAGUUGAUAUUAUGGUACCAAAAAAGUCAACUCAGAAGGAGACAAUAACGACUAUUAAAGAACAUAUCGAAACACAUAAAUUCGAUUCUACUGUAGACAUUCGUUCUGACAUUGAAGAAGCAAUUGAAAGUGACAACAACAGUAGAUCCAGCUACAGUGGAGAAUCCUCUGAUAAUAAGGAAGAUCAUUUUAGUAGCAACGGGGAUGUCUCUGAAUCAAGUAAUGGUAAAAGUAUGAAUAGCCAUUCAAUUUCAAGUGUUAUAAAACUGCCAAAAACAAUCAAAGGUACCGAGAUACACAUUGAUGCGCAAGAAUUAGCUGCAAUUCCAGUUUCACCCAAGAGUAACUCCGAGGUGCUGGAAGGCUCGGAUUUACAAAAACAAAACAGCUUUGUGAAUGAAGAAUCGCAUAAUCCAGAUGACAUAAGCUUACCAGACCUACCAACAUCUGAAUGUACACCAAUUUCCACUACUUUAAACACACCAAUCCAUUCCGAUAGCGAAGAAUCGUUGGAUCCCGUUAUUGACUUGACGAUUCCCACCAAUCCAAUAGAAAUUAUUCAAAAUAGUCCUAUGUUGAGCUUCACUCACUCUCCGAUAAAAAUGGAACCAUACGAACACUUUGAGGAGAAUGACUUCACAGGCAAAUUAUCACAAGACGCUAUGGAAUUUGACUUUCACGCGAAUAAUAGUUGUGACAAUGAUUUUGAAAAACUGACUGAUGUAAGUAGUCAUACAACAGAGCAAUACAAUGUUGCUCAGAGUAAUGAGGAGACCUUUGAUUCUGAUUGCAUUGAGGUAUUGUCUGAAAAAGCAGUGCAGAAGGUUGUAGGUAAUAUGCAUAAACUAGAGAUAAAGGAAAUUGUUGCGGACAGUAAUGUUGCAAAGAAUUUUUCUGUUGAUCAAAGCCAAUUUUCUUUUAGCAAAGAAAAUGCUGUAACAACAAACGAAACAAACAGUAACAUGGGUGAUACAGAUUGUGAAGCCUGGUCAUUAGUUACUGUGAAGGACCGAGAGCAUCACAUAUCUAAUGCUACUAAUCAUCAGGAUGAAAAAAAUGACAUAGACAAAUUACAAACUCUAUCAGAAUUCGGAAACAAAUUAUCUGAAAGGUUGAAAGGCACUAAAAGUAACUUUGAAGAAAGUGCGGUCCAAGCACCUACUGAUAAGAAUCAUUAUGGCAUAAGUAGGUGGCAAAUUAGAUGUGAAACAGAUGACGAAGUAACUGCAUUGAAUUUGGUGAAAGAUGAGACUAAAGUAAAUUCAGAUUCUAAGAAAAUGACUGAUAGAGUAACAACUUCACAGGUUGUCAACUGUGAAGAGAUAUCUUUCAAAUCUUCGAAUAAUAGGAACUGCGAUUCUUCAGUGGAAAGCAAACAACUAUUUACGUCAUUGGAACACACAGACUUGUAUUCAUCAUCUUCAGAGGAAGAUACCAUCUAUACAGAGAAUACAGAAAAUCAACAACACUUUUCAAGUUCAUCAACUAUCCCACUAAUUCCAGGGGAAUAUUCUGAAGAACCUAAAAUACCUGUCUUACCAAUGGAAGGAAAUUGUUUGACAAAGAUUAUAAAAAAUACAUCACCUAUAACCGACUUGGAUGUUCUUGGAUCUGAUGACGAAAAAUUAGAAAAAAUUGAUGAACUUUGGAUGGAAGUUGGUGGUGUAGAAACUGUUGAUAAAGUAAUAGAUGUGAACACUGACUGUUGCACAGUACGUUGUAAAAUUACUGAUUGUGAGAAAAUUUUGGAUUUAAGAAAUAAGCAACGAAAGUUACAAAGUAGUGAAUGUAAGCGUCUCAAGCAUUCUGUCAAAACAAAAGAUGUAAGCAACUCAUUUGGAAGAAUAUGGGAUAACAGUAAAGAAAUGGAAUUGAAGAGUAACACUUCGAAAAAUACACGGCUUGAUGAAACAUGUAGUUUAAAUGCAGUGCAACAAAAGAUUGCACCUGUAAUUGACAAAGUACGCACAGACUGUUCAAUCAACACCGGAACUCAAAAUGCUAUAGAAAUAUUACCAGAGCAGCAUACUCUCAGCAAACCUCCAAUCGAUUCCAAACCAACAAGCAGUAAAUUCUUUUAUGAAAAUGAUCACCUAACUCACAACAUUUGUGCAGAAAGUAAUGUUACAGAAAUAAUGAAAUGUCAAGAAAAAGCGAAUCACGUUAAUGAUAUAGCUACAAAGCUUUUAGAAAAUGCUCGACUGAUUGAGCCAGAGUCGAAAAAAACAGAGAUACUGAGAAAGGACUCGUUUUGUACCAAUAAUAUUAGCGAUACUAGUAAAAAGCGUAUAAAGCUUUUGAAAGAAUACAGAAAAAUGAAAAGUACAGUAAAUACGGACAGCGCUGGUAAUCAGUCGAGAAAAACCGAGGAUGACAUAAACAGUAAUAUUGUGUCGUCAACUGACAUUGUAGAAGAGUGCAAAGCAAUUGUUGUCGCAGAUGUAGCAAAAGUAAACAUUGAAGUUGUGAAAAAUUCGAAAAAAAACACAGUCCAAGAAGUUUCUAAAGAGUUCAAUUGCUUGAGACAAAAUAUAAACCUGGAUACAGCAGUGUCCCCUGAUAUUAUAGUACCUGAAGAGAAGUAUAGAAAAAUAUUAUACCAUGGUGAAAGAGCUGUACUAAAUAAAGAUAGACAAAUAGAUAAUGAUUAUUAUGUUAAUAUGGAAGCCAACAUCACAGUUGAAAACAGUGGCACUACCAAUAGUAGCAAAACUUUGAAUACCAUGGUUGUGAAUCUUUUUGAUAAAGAUACUAAUGAAUGUGCAAUAAAUUUAUCGAAAUCAUCAACUGACUACGACUUACUUCAUACAUUACAUGAAGACGAUUGUCUACGGAGUGACAAUCAUAAUUCGUGUGUAUCAGAAGAUAUAGCAAGAGACGAGAUUAGAGAAAUCAAGAGUGGAGGUAAUGAAGAAAAAAAAUUUGCUUUGUCCGGAACUGCAUAUGCGGCAGAUAAUCCAUUAUAUACACAAAUGGUAGAGAAGGAUAACGAUACUUUGGAUAAAAAUAAUAUCAAAGCUUGUAAUGCUGUGGAAGACAAUGGAGAUUCUAAUAUUACUUCAGCACCUGCUCGUUUAACUGAAGAGUGUACUUUGAAGGAGCAUAAUAUGCAUGAAAUAGAUCAGCAAUCAAUAGAAAUUACUGCUGAUGGUUCUCAACUUGAGAAAUUUUCUCCCAUUCCACAAAAAAUUCAAAAGUCAAUAGAAUGUAGCAAAAAUUCGGAAGAAAUUAUUAAUAACUUUUUCGUCUGUGAAAAAUCGAUUGCAGUUUCUGAAUCUGAAAGUGGUGAAACAACUGAAUUUACAUCGAAGCAAAAUGGAAUUUCAGCAUUGAACGAGUCAGUGGCUGAAAAUGAAGUACACAAUGAGGAACAUGUUACUGAAAUUAUAGAUCGAGAGGUUGCAUGCGAUUUACAGAAUGCACAUAGAGAUGUAGUUUCAGAUUCAUCAUUCGUAAAUAAUGAAAAAUUGAUGAAAUCAGUGAGCAAUUUUGAUCAAAGUACGAAAAGUAGUUCCUCCAAUCAUGCUCGAGAAGAGGAGACAACUGUUCAAAAUCAUCAGAAUUUAUUACCAUGUAGGACUAAUCUUUUAAAAGCUGGAAAUACUGAAUCUAUAGAAAACUGUAUUGAUACGUCACCAUGUCAAGAAAUAAAAAAUGUUUGUACAUUUUUAUCUGAAAAGGUAGAAGAGAUGGAAUGUGAGCCGAGUAUUGUGAGCGAUAGUUCAAUAAUCGUUAAAAAAGAUGUCAUCGAUGAUAUUCGUAAAGAAUCACUAAUGAUGAACGAGGAUGCUGAAUGUAAAAGGAACUCUUUGAAUUUAAACAAACCACUCCCAGAAAUUUCCUUUGAAUCGACAAAAUCUGGAAAUUCACAAUAUAGCAUUUUAAAUGACAUCAAUUUACCUUUGGGGACCGAUAGAAGUAUGGAGACAAUCAGUACGAGUUUGGAAGCCUUUGGAUUUGAAAAUUCUUUCAACUAUGAUUUCAACAAUUUUGAUGUAGCACCAAAUAUUGAUGAGGUUGUGGAGAAUGAUCAAAGCAAUACUUGGAAAUAUUCAAAAGCACAUUCUCGGUUUGAAGACUGUGAGCGUUACAAAAAUCCUGAUAAUUGCAUCAGCCCAAUUUUAGCAAGUUUGGAAUGUCUGGAUAAUUUGAACACAGUUCCCAUUUAUACAACUAAAGAUGGCAAAAUCACAUAUAGCCCAAAUCCAAAAUUCACAUACAGAGCAUUGAUCAUGGAGGCAAGAGAAAGAGAAGGAUAUUCAGAUACACGUGACUCGUAUUGCAGAAAUUCCAGGACCCCAGAAAACCUGGGUUAUCCCAAAAAUCAGACCUCCUUUCGCAAAAGGAAAAGUAGUAAUGGGUACAGGCACUCCGGGGGUUAUACUAAGAAGCAUUAUCUGGAUCACUACGAACCAAAAGAACAUGGUGAAUCUUCAACAAACAAUUUAACCGAGCCAUGGAAUAAGAGUUACUUUAGUCGUAACAAAUAUCGCCAUCAACCGAGAGAUCGAAAGUCUCAUCAUUUUCUGCACCAUAAUCUUGAUUCACAGAAAAAGCACGAUACUCAAAAGAUAGCACAGGAAAUAUCCUCUAGUAAGUAUACACUUCGGGAAGGCUGUACUAACCUUGAAGAUCACUACAAACAAAAAAAUGGAACUGCAAAUUCUUUCAAAUGGAAAAAUAGGAGAGAAUUUGAACAGUCAACGGAACAGUCCGUCCCUGUUUCUGUAUUACUCAGAAACACCCAAGACUUGAAUGGUUAUCAGAAUCCUGGAGAUUUUGCUCAACCAAAGCAAAGUACAAGUACAACAUCUAUCAAAAAAUUUAAAAAUUGUGAAAAACGUGGCAGCAUUGAAGAAAAUGUGUGUGAUUUGCAGCACGGUGAUCAAUCAAAAGACCCUCACAAAAAAUUGACACAAAAAUUGGCUUCCGGAUCUGAUCAACAUAAACCUGUGAGUGGGUGUACUACAAACCUUGUGUCAUUAAGAUUGGAACCGAGUACAUCCAGUCACCCACAAUACAUUGAGAACAAAAAGAUGGAUUUAAAAGUAAAAGAGUUAGAAUUGAGUUUUCCAAAACUAAGAUAUAAAUCUUUCAAUGAUCAGUACUUAUCAGAAAUUCCAAACAGCAAAUUAAGUAAAGACCUAAAUGAUGAGUCAGAAAUCAACGAUCAGUACUUAUCAGAAAUUCCAAACAGAAAAUUAAGUGAAGACCUAAAUGAUGAAUCGGAAACCAACGAAAUUGACUCUAAAGAAAACAAAACAAAUAUGCUCUAUGAUCACGUUGAUGAAUUGAAAGAGAACUCUGAAAAUGUAGUUCAACGAAAAAACUGUCUUGUGAUAGAUAUACCCAUUACCAAAUCUUUAUUCGAUGAAACCCAAGAAGUUGAUCAUAAAAAAAAUGAGGCAAACGUACUGUAUGAUCAAGUCGAUGAGUGGAAAGGCAGCUGUGGAAGAUUGGCUGUGCAUUGUGAGUCUUUUUUUAAAACCGAUGUACCAAAAGAAACUUUAUUAGAUAAAACCAACGAAGUUCACCAUGAAGAAAACAAAGAAAAUAUGCUGUGUGAUCGAAAUGAUGAUAUCUAUAAGAGUAGAACCUCAAAUAUAUCCAAAAACAAACUAAUUGACUCAAUUCCUUUGGAGAGCGAGUGCAUAAUUGCUCCAGAAUCUGUAAAAUCUGCUGAGACGAUAGAAACGUUGGAAGAACUUGAUCACAACUUAGAAAACCUAAAGAGCGUGAAGGAUAAGGCAAUUAUUAAUAUCUCACACAUUGAAGAUGAAACUUGUUUGACACCAGUUCAAGUAAUUUUGGCUAAUAAAAAUUCUGAUGCUCCAAAGGUUGCAGAAAUAUCAGAAAUAGAAAACAAAAGUGGACCGAAAAUGAGUUCAAAUGCAGGAAUUCAAAACCUUUCAGAAGAAGCUAAAUCUAAUCAGCUACUUAAUAAAGCAGACGUUCAGACCAGCUCAGUCUUUGUAGUCCAUUGUUCGUCGGAAAGCCAAGAUGUCGACCAGGAAAACACAUUCAACGAAGACAGAAAUAUUGAUAAUCGACUUGAAUUGAAAAGUGCAGAUUCCAUCGAUGAUGUACAAGGUAAUCUUGUAUCUGUCAAAUCGAAUGACAACAUCUUUCGUUGUCCAGAAGAAUCAGACAGCUCACAAAGCGAACAAAAUCAUCUGGAAUUAGCAAAAAUGGUAUCAGCAGUUGAAAGUAACGAAAUCACAUCAAAAAAUGAAAAUGGAAUGCUAGUAAAAGAUUGUGCGAAAGAACAGGUUGACAGCCACAUUAUCAAAAUGAAAUGUGAAUACGAAAAUAUAGCAAAAUCUCAACCUCAGUUUGAAAAUUAUGUCACAUAUUCGCCAUUAAGCGAGAGUCCAGAAGACCCGAAGGUAAUUCCAAAACUUGUAAUAAAGAAGACGGAUAGUUUGAGUUGUAAAAAUAUAUGCCUGACUUCAACUAUACUGCUGCAAGAUUUAGGUGCUGAAAAAAUAUUAGGCAAAGAUGUAAAAAAUUCUAAGGCCUCUCCACAUCCUAAAAUACCAAAAAUAUUGAUCAGAAACGCCAAAUCACGUCCUAGUACACCAUCAAUAGAAGAAAUCUCGGAUGAAAAAUUGUCCUCUUCAUCUACUAAAGAAGAUAAUAAAUCUCACAAAGUGAAAAUACGCUCAGAAGAGACACGAUCUACGAGUCCUACUGCUGCAUCUCAUGCAAACAAUCUACAUACCGAUAUCAUAGAAAGUAAAAUUCCAAAGAUGAAAAUUAAGCUGGAAGAUAGGUCAUCAAAAGUAAUUAUUGAAAACGUUAUUACAGAGUUCCGUGCAUCAAACGAGGAUGUCCAAAAAAUCAUUCCAAAAAUGAAAAUCAAAAAAUUAAAAGGUACGCUGCGACAAGUUGUGGAUACUAAGAUAUUGCCUGUUUCUAUUCCUCGAAUGUGUAUUUAUACAGAGUUAGAGAAUAAGAAACAAACACGAACUAUUACGAGAGAAGAUGAAAAUGAACCUAGCACGUUAGGUGAAAACUUGACGUCUGUCGCACCAAAUUCAAUCCUAAGUAAUAAAAAAUCGAUGAAUGAUAUUGAAUUCAAAAGAAUUCCGAAACUAAAAAUAAAAAGGCAAAGUUUAGGAUGUACUGUAGAGUUGAAUAGAAAAAGAUACAACGCUAGUCCUGUCCAAUCUGAGCCGAAAAAGAUUAAAAAGUCUCUGAAACAAACCGAAUCCAAUGAUAAAAAACUUUCGAGCAAAUUGCCAUUGCCUAUACCUUCGGAGUACCUGGACAGCCCGAAGAAACAAGAUAGUUCUGCCAUUGGACGGUGUCAUCAAUUGAAUUGUUCUGAAAUGGAUGAAUAUGCGUCAGCUAAUGAUUCCUGUGUCAAAAUAAAAAAUGAUCAAGUAAAAUCCACAAAGGGAAAAAUUUCUGUAGGUCCAAAGGAAAUACCGAAAGUUAUUAUUAAGAGAACUUCGCCUAGCGCAGAAUUCAAAUGUGAAUUAAGCAAAGGUCGGAGGGAUGCAAUAAUAUUGAAUAAAAUGUGGCAGCCAGAAGUAAAGCUCCAGCGUUCCUGGGUAUUAGAUUGUAUGGCCAAAGAUUUGAAUCUAAACAACCUAAAGCUUAAACUUGCAACUCCUGAUAGCUUAAGGAAGAAAAGUUUAUUACAAAAAAGGACAGAACAAGGACAAGCUAUGCAUGUAGCAAAUGACAAUGUCAACAAGAAUUGUAGUAAAAAUAAAUUGUUUCGAUCCAAGUCUACGUCUGAUUUGGUAUCUGAACGAGGACACGCCGGAACCCUUGUUGAUUAUCAUAAUAUGCAACAGAAGCAGACAAGUACUGCAAAUUUACCGAUACAGUCAAGUACUCGUAAGAGAUGCAAGAGCGAUGUGGGUAGUAUAUUCACAAAACAUUCAGAGAAUUCCAAAUGCGAUAAAAAAUUAAAGUACGAUUAUGAUUCACACAGAAUACAAUUAAUUCCAAAACAUGAGCUCAACUGUAAAGAUAAUGUUGAAAAUUCUUCGAAUAUUCAAUCAAUCAAAGAAUGUCAGGUAGUCACUGGAAAUCAUGAGAAUAUAUGGGAUCCAGAAAUAAAAUCUGAGAAAUCAUGUGCUUUUCAAAAUCACAAUGAACCAAUGAAUCCUAUAAAAACAUUCAAAAUCAAACCAGAGAAAACUCUAGAUGAAAAUAUGAAUUCAAAAAGUGAACACUUUGUACUGAGAAGAAAGCCACUACUAAAUGACAAACCUUUAGAUAAAGCUGUUAUUGAUUUGAAUCUAAACUCGAAAAUUCUCACCAACAAUUCAACGUCUAACUUUGAAUGUAGCAAAAAUGAUAACGAAAUCGUUAAUAUUAUUGCAAAUUGUUUCAGUGCAACUGGUAAACAAGAAGUUUUAGAAGAUACCACAAUGACAAAGAAUGCCACUGUUAAUUCUCUUCAGAGGCAUAUGAAAAUUGAAAUUAACACAACAGAAACGCGACCCACAAUUAUCGAAGAUCGCAAAAUGGAUCUGACUCCAGUCGAAAUUGAGAUAUUGAAAAAUAAAGAUACAUCUUGUGAUGAAAUAAACCAGGUCAGAACUGUCAUUGACGAUAUCAAUAUACGUGAUCAUCCAAUAACUUUACCGCAUAUAAUGUCAGUAAACCCAGAUGUCAAUAUUUCAAAAAAAAACUCAGAAAACUGUUUUUAUAAAAAUUCCAUAAAUGCUGCGCAGAUCGUGGAUUCUGAAUCUAUUGAUUGCUCAAACAACAUAAGUAAAUUAUAUAAUACCGAUAAUUCAGAUGAGGAUGCAAGCCAAGGGGAUAAUCAGAAUCAUAUUUCUGAAAAUUUAAUAUUAGAUAUUGCUGUAGAGCAACAAAGAAAAAAUUCUGUCCCUAAUGAAAACGUACUUAACAAACCUAUUGAUUUCAAUAGCAUUUCAACGGAUUUAAGUAGUGAAUAUGUUCAGAAUCCUGAGAUCGAUACUAAUCUGAAUAGCAGCCUAGAUAAUGCAGAUGAUAGCGAUGAAGAUUCUGUGAUAAAAGCAGAAUCUUUUGAAACAACUCAAGCGACAAGUAAACCAGUAUCAACUUCGCCAAGCUUCAGUCGAUAUGAAAUGGAAAUCCCGUCCUAUACAGACACAAUCAAGGACAACGAAAUGUGUUUGUACUCCGAGGAUGCAAUCCCUACACAAUAUGAAUUGGAACUAGAGCUUACAGAUACUUUGGCUCAUGAUUCUUCAGAAGUUCCAAUACCUGAAACUGGCAACUAUGACAAAGAAGUUCCGUAUUAUUCUCAAGAUGACACAAAUGAAAAUUCUCAUCAGUUGCCUAGUAUUUUAAGCACUUUCGAAAAUAUUGGAAACCUCAAUGAAACAAAAUCAGAAAGUACUACACCCGACAACAACGAGAAUAAUUUCUCCAAAGUUCGUUCGAUAAAGCACCAAGAAGAGCCUUUAGCAUAUCCUGAUGACGAAGAUACAAUUUCAUGCACACAUAUUGGUAAACUUGAUGUAAAUAAUGAUGGGCAUAUGGAAAGUGCUGUAGGACAUGACAGAAACAUUGAAGAAUCUUCUUGUAAUUCAGAUUCAUUGGUGAAAGAAGUUCUUGCAGCUAAGGAGACAUUGAAAAAGUGCCUUGCGAAGAAUAAAGACGAAACUAGGUUUAAACUCAAAUCUAGACCAAAAACAGCUGCUGAAAAAAAACAGGGAUUAAGUUUCGACGUCAGUGCGCUACCCGUUUGUAAUGAAAGUCUUACUAUGCUGUCAACUUUGCCAAAUGGUUCUGAACUGAUGGAUCAGAAUUUCGAUACUACCAAUAAAAAUAAAUUCCUUCAGAUUCAAACCAAGACUAAGUUAGAAAUUAACACAAAUAACUUAGAUAGAAAACAUUCCAAAGGUAGUAGGCAUGAAUCAAUGCAAAGAAAAUAUUCCAACUUUCCUCCAAAUGAACUGCAAAGAAAUGACAGCAUUACACAAGUGAAAGAAUCGUUAAUUUCGAAACACAGUUCGAUAGAUAAUAAAGGGAGCAUUGAACUAGCCGAAGACGAUAUGACCAUAUCGCUAAAAAAUUCAAAGUACUUGAUGAAAAAGAAAUCUUUUUCAGAUACACAUAAAAAGAUACCUGAACUUAUGAAUUCCAAAGAUAAUAAAUGUAGAUCUAAGAUGUUGAAGCAUGACCUUGAUGCAAAAUAUGUUGGAAAAUCCAAAAUUGGCCUGGAAAAUAUUACAUUACAAGAAUCCAGCACAGAUUUUAUUCAGUGUAAAGAAAAAUUGAACACAUCUAAACCUAAGUACAAAUCAUUGAAAAUCUUGUUGGACCAAAAUGUAAAAUCAGUAAAGGACAAAACAAAAUUUAAAUUUUAUAAGAUACCAAAACUUACAAAACCGACUCAUCGUGAAAGCCAAAGAUUGACCGAAGAAGUUGAGGAGUCACAGAGAAAAGAAGCAAGAAUGCCAAUUUUAGAACCUCAAGUUGAUAUAAACAUGGAUCUUGAUAUAGCAACCUUCAACUUUGGCCGAGAGAUGUCAAGAUCGCCACCUGUCAUAACAAUUCAGGAAAGUCUAACUCAUAAUGAAACAGCAACUUCAAGUUCCAGGGAUGAUUCACGUCAGGUAUCCUCAAAUAAGGAAAAGGAAGUCUUGUCAAAACAAGGAAUAAUGUUUGCCGACCUGGAGACACCGGAGGCCAUGUUAACGCUUGGUAAAGGAACAACUGUUGCUGACAUUGUAAAUGACAUGGCGUAUCACGAAAAAGCGAUAAUUAAGCAUAAACGUUACUGUACACUAUGCGAAAGGUGGUUUCCAACUGUUACAAGAUAUAGAAGACAUUUAAGUGGAUAUCAGCAUCGCCACACAGAAUUAACUCAGAGAAGAACGAUACACGCGCUGUUUACCCUCUUCACUGGCAAACUAUGUCCUAGAUUACAACCACCUGGCGUUGUAAGGAUUGAUUGCGGACCAGGAGAAUUAACGCCACUACAAAUAGCCGUACAGGGAGUAACAAAGGAAUCCAGUAAAAUGGAUAAUAAUAUUGAACAGCCAACAAGUGAUGAUAAGUGAGUUCAAUGGCAUUAGUUUAAUCACCGGGGCAUUAAUAGAAGUUAAUAAUAAUAAAUGCGCAGUUUCCUAAUAUGAUCGGUACUAGUUUUAAGCAUCCUGCGUUUUAAUGGUAAACUUUUGACUGGUUUGAAUUGAAUUCCGUAGAAUAUUAGUCAUCAUUUCAUAUUUAGUUUAUUAGCCAAAGAUAUUAGCAAAGCAUACAUUUAUAUUUUAAUUGUGGCAACAUAGUCUCUAGUUGUAUAAAUGAUUUUACAUUUGAACCAUCCUAUAUUAAUAUACAAUUAAUCAAUCAGGUUUUAUUUAUAUCAUGCAGGUAUAAAAUAUCUGCAGAUUAUGUACAUCAUAAAGAAUAUAUUUAUACAUAUAUUUUGUUCAAAUUUCUUCUGAAACAGUUUCACGUAAAGUAAUGAAGUAUAUGCUUUUGUAUCAUAAAUUUGAUAUAGCUCUAUGCAUAAAUAAUGUGUACAAUUUUGUACUACCGAAAUAUUUCAGUGCAAAAGAUGUAGUCAUCAGAAAAAAAUAGUUCAAGGGUAAUUUUAGUAUGUAUAAACGCUCAAUUCUUCGCGUCAAGUAGUUCGUAUUUGAUACAUCAUCCUUAGCUAUGAAUAAAAUUUAUAGAAAUUAAUAUCAUAGCGAUCAGUGGCCUACGUUUGUUUAAUUCUGAACUAUACCGCCGAUAUGUCGAUGAUUGAAGCUAAAAAGAAAACAUAUAUUUAUCAAUUGCAUGUGAUCUCACCUACAUAUAUACAUAUAUAAAUAUAUAUAUAUUUAAAUAUGUUUAUAAAUAUAUAUAUAUAUGCAUAAAUAAAUAUAUAUGUAUAUAUUUACAAUCAUUAAAUCUAGAACAGAAUAGAAAAUGAAAUAAAAUUCACAAAAUAAGACUAUAAUAUAAGUAAAAUUAAGUAAUAUCGGAGAAGACAUUAGUUCCUGGCUUAAAAAAAUAGAAUAAUGCUAUAAAAUUAUGGUGUUAAGGUCUUACAGGGUUUAUACUUGUUUUCUUUCUUAUUCGAUAUCAAUUUAUUUAUAUUUAUUUCCUUUUAACACAUAAUGAUGGCUCAUCGAUAAAAAUAUGAAAAUGCAAAUUUAUAGACUAUAAAAUUUGCUGAAUCUUAUUUCAAUACUUGGGUAUAUUAACACAGCACGCGAAAAUCAGUGUCAGAAAAUAUACAAAUUUCAUCUGUUUCUACGGGUAAUUAGAUGAAAAUCCAUUGGAUUAUUUGCAAUUGGUUUUAAAAAAGUGGUGAAACGUUUUAUCACUCAACCUAGAUAGGUAAUUUUGCAAUACCGAUUAGAUUUUACCAAUGGAUGUGGAAAUGACUGGCAUGAUGAUUUUUUAAAUAACUUCAUUAGGUUCUAAUAUUUUUUUUUGCUUAUUUAUUUUAACACACAAGUAGAUUUGUCAUCUUCAGUUCGCUGAGAAAAAAAUCUUGAUGUACUACUUGCACUUUAGUUCAAACAAACAAUUUCUUAACUUACACGGUUUGACUCGCACGAGUGCCUUAAAUACACCUAACAGUAUUCGUCGUCAUAUUAUAUAUGAUAUGUGUAUGUAUAUACCGUCAUAUAUAUAUGUAUAUAUAUCUAUAUCGCGUUGUGUGUUCUAUGUGCCUAAAAUUCGAAAAAAUGAUAUAUGAAUUGAUAAAACAGUAUACAUACACUAUAUACACAAAAAUAAUAAUGGGGAAAAUAGUGGACUAAAAAAAUGGAGUGAUCCUAUAUUGAUUUGUAUAUUUCUGAACAAUUUGUUACGUUUAGCAUGCGUCAAAUAAAUAUCAAUUGUUCGUACUCUUGUGUACAUCGGAUAAGGAGGGGAAAGAAAUGAUUCGAGAUCAUAAUAUACUUAGAUUAAACAUUAUCAAGUUAUAUGAGACUAUUAUAUUAUUUAAGAAAAAUAUUUAUAUAUGUAUACACACAUGUAUGUAUGUGUACUUUAUAUAUAUAUAUAUACGACACUUGUGUUAUAUUUUGAGGCUUACAUUCUAUAUGUAAGUGUUGUACAACUAGACAGUGCAUUUUAAUAAUGUCAAAAUUGUGUCGCGCGUUAGCAACGAUACGGAUAUGUUUACAGAUUUAGAGUACCUUAAAGAAUUCCGUAGGCAUUUUAUCAUAUAAAAUUGAAUAGCUAUGGAAUUGUGCUGUUCUGUUACAAAACAUAAGAUUUACUCUGAUUAGUUCAAGUUAUAAGUGCCUACACAUAUAAAAUUGUACAUAUAAAAAUUGCCCAGGGUCAGUGUAACUUAUCUCUAUAAAAUAUUUAAUCAAAUAUUUCCAUCAGAAUCAUUUUUUAACAUUUUACCGAGGUGUUUGAUCAAUGAUCAUGCCGCGAAAACAAUGAAUUUAUAUACAAAAUUCUAUCUGCUGUAGCACUCUUGGAAUUAAUAUUAUUGCAUGCUCGAACUUCUAUAAGAUUAAAUGUUAGUUUACAAUGCCUACAACUUUUUGAAUGAUAAUUAAAUGGCCAGCUAAUCAACUGAAAUAAAACCUGAGAUUUAGUUUGGUAACUAUAAAAAUAGAAAAUUCAUUUCUUUUGCCUAUGCAGUGAUGUAAUACUUAUACCUCUACAAGCAGCUGGAACAUGUUGUAUUUAAUUAAUUGUGUUGUUUAGUUCCCUUAAAAAUACUAGAAAAGGUAAUUGUGUUGAAAUAAUCCGAAACUAUGCUCUGUAAUUUCAGUAUUCCUCGGUUAUGAAACGUGUCAAUAUUUCAGUUUUAUUUUAAUGAUGAAGAUGGUGCGAAACAUAAAAUUACUAAAAUACACGUGCAGAAAAGUUAUCACAACUAAUUCAUCCUAAGUCAAAUCACGUUACCCUUAAGCAUGUUAAGUUUUUGUUAUUUCGUACCCAACACUGAUAUAGUCUACAUAUUAAUUAAUUAUUUACCUUUAUAUGCAGUUU